GGCGUUACCUUUCUAGGAAGCGUCGGGAUUAUGAGCGCUUUCCGUUUUGUGCUGGUAGGCUCCUCUCACCUUUCGUUCCGCUCGACAUUUCGGCGACGACUUCUGAAAGCCAGAUACUGCUAUCAUGAUCAGGAGGCAAUGUAGCAGAACACCCUCCAUGGCUUCGAGAAUAGCCAGUAGGUCCCGUAUGAACCAUACAUUCCCCGGCAUUAUCCCAGCUUCCAAACGACAACAAGAGCUAGUUGAGCUCUUAGGUCAACCCGAAGCGGCAGGUUCAAUAGUUCACGGUCGUUCAUUCCUACCAGCCUAUUACCAUCCACGAGAACACAACAUCCCAGUCGCCCUCAUCCACUUCCGAUCCUACCACGUCCCACUCCUCAACCUCUUCAUGCAUUUCGCCUCACACGCAGCAUCCGCACUCGCUAUUCCGAUCUCAAAACCCAUCCCUCUACCUACUCAAAGAUCACUAUGGACCGUCCCACGAAGUCCGUUCGUUCAUAAACAGGCACAAGAGAACUUUGAGCGUAGGACGCAUAAACGCGCUAUCAAAGCUUGGGACGCGGAUGAUGAAGUUAUUGAUCGGUGGGUCAAAUAUAUGGAGGCACAUGUGUUGGCGGGUGUUGGUAUGAGGGUGGUCAGGUGGCAAAGGGCCCCGGUGAGCGUUGGUACGCUCACGAUGGACGCUGUCAAGAACAAGUUCUUGUUGGAGAUGGAAGCGAAGACCAGAAGUUCGGAGAAGGUCAAGGCACUUGGAGAAAAAAUUAUAGAGCAGGAACUUGCUGCUGCCGCAUCUGCAUCGGCAGAUCCUACUUCGCAGACUAUCGUACAGUCGUCGUAAUCACCAUUGAUUCACUACUGGUUACUUUCUCAUGUCAUUGGGGUGGUUGCGAUGUGUCUGACCGAUCCAGAAUGCAUAUUGAGAGAUACAACAAGAGCUAAAGAUGUUUUACUAUGGCACAAGAAAGAAUUGAAAGAUGAGAGUCGUUACAACAUGUUGAUCGAUAAAACCAAUUCCAGGCACUUCCCCGU